AUGGAUUGUCAUCAUAACCACCCACGUGCACUUGAUUGUCAUGGACAUGCAAGAGUCGCAAGGAUCAAAGACCAUGAAUACUUGGAAAUAGGUACGGCUCUUACUUGGUUCUUUUGGUUGGUUGCAAAAAAUCCGAAUGUUGAAGCAAAGAUUUUAGAAGAACUAAAGCUUAUUAUAUUCUCUAAGAAGAAUUUGAGAGAGGAAGAUGACAGUCUGAAGAUGCCGUUGGUGUUUGCUAUUGAUGAUUUAAAAGAUGCUGUAUAUCUACACGCUACAAUAUGUGAAUCUCUAAGGUUAUAUCCUCCGAUUCCACAUAACCGAAGGACCGCUCUGAAAAAAGAUGUGCUUCCAGAUGGAACCAUAGUUGAUCCUGGGAUGAUGACUGUGAUCUCCAUGUAUGCCGCUGGAAGGAUGGAGCAUGUGUGGGGCAAAAAUUGCUUGGAGUUCAAACCAGAGCGAUGGAUCAGUGAAAACGGGAAGCUAAACCAUGAAACCAUGUCUAAGUUUUUUGGGUUCAGUAUUGGUCCUAGGAGUUGCUUAGGUCAAGAAAUGGCUUUUGUGAUGAUGAAAUUAGCAGCUUCAGCCAUGAUAUUCAAUUUCCAGGUGGAGGUUUUGGUGGGUCAACUUGUCGAGCCCAAACCGUCAAUUGUACUUAAAAUGAAAAAUGGUUUGAUGGUUAGAGUUAAGGAAAGGGUUCUUCAUGUGUAA